GUGCAAUUGACUUGCGGUUGAUAAGUUAGUUCAUUCGCGUGCGUGGGCGACAUGGCAGCUCCGUUGAAGCAGGUUCCGUGGCACAAUAUUCCCAAAUUGAUUCAAUCGCUCGAGAAAAAGCUUCCAGAAUCGAUUGUGGUGUUGCAAUGGAUCAAGACGCAUUUGGAAUGGAGAGAAAACACUCCUGGUCUCGAUGUAAAAAUUCUGACCGUGGACGGAGACUGGAAAGACGGAUCUGUGGCUUGUGUUGCUGAUGGAAUUGUGGGCUCGAAUAAUAUGUAUGGAGUGAUUUACGCGACUGCUGAAAAGGCGGAGGAAUUUAAAUCGGCCGCCAAAACCAGCAAAUUGGUUGAUUGGAACAGGGUGAAGCGCCUUUCCUCCGUCCUGCAGCGCAAUACUCAAAUGGUGGUGGAAAUUCUCGAAUUCCAAGGCUGCAAACCCUUCAAUGUGGUCGAGGGCGAAUGCUACCUGCAUUAUAUUUCUGCGGAGGAGGCAGCGCAGUUCAAAUUACCAGAUCUGCCUGAAAACGUCCGUGUGGGGCCUUUGGAGGAGCAGCAUUUGCAAAUACUGUGCGACAAUUGGCGCCACUACGAUCCCGACUACAAACCCGUCAAUUUGCACUUAAUCAAACAUAACGCGACCGUCGGCGUCUUUGAGAAAAACGAGCAGGGCGAAGAAAUCCUGGCGUCGAUGGUGCUGCACUGCGAGUACGGAGCAGUCGGUCUCCUGCAAACCCUUCCCGAGUACAGAAGAAAGGGUUACGCCGCAAUCGCUCUGGCGCACAUCUCUCGGAUCAUGGGACAAAAUGGAUACAUGCCAUACGGCACGGUGCUCACUUUCAAUGAAAUGUCGUCGCAGCUUUUUAAAAAAUUCGGGUUCAAACAACUCGAGGGAGUAACCACGUUCAUUUGCAUCACGCCAUUCAAACAAUGAGGAUUUUUUUGUAUUUAAUUUUCAGAAGAAUUAUUUGUUGAAAAAUAAACAAGAUUAUUCCCGAA